CGGCUAAGGGAAUUUAAUUUUUUGGGAACUUUUUCAUGGAAAAUCCGUUUUUGGCACACGAGUUGUUUUUUAAAUUAAAAAUGUGAGGAAGGACAGGCAAAAAUUGACAACGCCUUCCUUCCAUCACAUCACGAAUCAUGAAUCAGCACUGAAUUCACUCAUCAUUCUAUUACACAUCCAUCAUCCAUCAUCCAUCUGCAGCAGUUCAAAGUGGUCAGAAAGAACUCGCACUAGGUUUGGAGUAGACAUCGAAUUACUUACAACAGCGACUAGAGACAGGAAAGUCAAAAAUGCUUUCAACGGCAAGAUCCACCGUUGCUGCCGUGAGCGCAAGAUGCAGGACAUCGUUUUCUCGAGUAGCGAGAGCAGUUCCUAGUGAGACCGCAAUGGGAAGCCGAUCGUUCUCGUCGCCGUCUUCGGGAUCGUCAAAAAUUAUAUCUCCCUAUUUCAUCCCUUUGUUCCCGGACUCAGAGAAACCGAAGACAGCAGACAACGAACCGCCGCCCAACUGUGACGUCGUUCAGGGUCCAUCCCUGCUGAGGACGCCCGCGCCAAGGCCCCACCCCACUCUUAUGAUUAUGCCCGGUAUGCGAUCCUUGCCCUUCUGGACAAGUGAUUCCACUCCAACCCCGAGUUCCAACCCCGGGUCAAGUGCACCCCCUCCCCGAAGAAGGAUUGCCUACAACGAUCCCUCUGUAUCAAGAGCCGUCGAAUAUUUAGAGCAACACGCGGAUAUCAUUCGGGAAGAAUACUUGCGGGUGGCCCCGUCUCUGCCGUCCGACUACGAAAACCUUCAAGACCACACGCAGGGUAGUGGCGACGGAAAAAGCAACGAUACGAAGCUCCACGACGGAGAUUGGGAUUGGCAUACCUAUCUUUCAAAGGGGAACGUUCAAGGCGAUUUCGUCAUGAAAUUCCCCGAGACCUCAAAGAUUUUGAACGAUGGGUUUCGAGGCGAGGAAAACAACUACCAACUGUUCGAAGGCACGCCCUUUGGGUUUGUCUUUUUCAGCAACCUCGGGGGAGGUGCUAAGAUAGCCCCUCACAACGCACCGACCAAUCUUCGCUUGCGCAUCCAUUUGCCGAUCAUUGUCAAUGACGAGAGCGUGAAUCCUGAAACCGGAAUACCAAACUGUGGAAUCCGCGUCGCAACAUCAAUAAGGCCAUAUAAACAAAAUAAUGCGAUUGUUCUGGAUGAUGCCUACGAUCACGAAGUAUGGAAUGAAACUGCCGAAAACAGAGUCGUCUUGUUGGUCGAUAUAUGGCAUCCUGAUGUGACACAAGCCGAGAAGGAGGCCGUUGUGGAAAUGUUCCAAAAAGCUAAAAGAGAUGGCUUGUGGAAACGAUAAAACUAAAAACCAAUAUGCGAA